AUGUGGCACUACGAGAGUGUGUGCGUGUGUGCGUCGGGGGCGGCCCGGGCCAGGCAGGUGUGGAGGUGCGAGCGGCCCCCCAGUUCUCGGGUGCCACGUCCAGGAGGUGCCAAAGGGAAGUGCCACGCCGGGAACGCCCUCAGAGUCAGCCCUUGGAGGUCGGGGCGAAGUCGGAAAAACGAGCGGAGUCCCCCAGCAGGAGACUCAGGGGCGCAGGAACCUCCCGACCGCAAGUCCACCUCCCCCAGGCAGAUCCACCCCGCUGACCUGGUGGUGUCCGCAGCCCCCUACGCUCGCCGCAGCUUAGAACGAAGUGGGGGGCGAGGUGGAGGGGGCUCCCCGUGCAAGUCUCCCUCCUCCCCCACCCCUACCAUCACCUCCGCCUACCCCAUCACGCCCAACCUCUGCGUCACGGGCGGGAAGAUCGAGUUUAUCACGCCCCCAGAUUCCACCUUGUCCUCGACGGCCUCGCGAUGCUCCACGCUUAAGCUCUCUCCGUCGACGCAGAAGGAGGUGCUUAUCGAGACCCCCCCCGGCCACCCCCCCGAGGAGCAGGAACAUGCUACCCCGCCCUCGACGCUCUCCUCCGCCUCCUCUUCCUCCUCCUCCGCCUCCUCCGCUGCUUCUAAGGACAUCGCGCCGCAGAUUUACUCAGUAAGGGUUGAAGCGAGCGGCGAGGGCGAGCCCCUGCAGGACGAGUGCCAGGAGCCCCCGCCCAGCCAGGACCGAGGGCAGCAGCAGCACAGGCAGAGGUCUCAUGCCCACGCCAAGGAGGAGAAUGCAAUAGAGGCCAAUAUGGAUGGCGGAGAGAAGAAGCAGAGUGGAAGAUGGAAGGUAGAGGAGCUGAAGAGGGAGAACGAAGAGGUGAAAUCAAGACUAUCCUCCUUGCAGAAAGAGUUUACCCUGUUGGAGGAACAAGUGCGCGUACUAAUGGCCGAGCGUCAUGAAGUGGAGAAGAAGCAGCGCGCAGAACAUGAGGCCCAAGAACUAGCCUACGUGUCCAAGUUGCAGCAGUACCAGGCCACCAUUGCAGCGCUUGACCAAUGCAACCCGACAGUUGUAGAAGAGAAUCCCCCCAUCCAACACACAAAGGUACCAUCGGAAGACUUGCAAUACCACAAGGAGGCCCUUAUUAGUAAUGAAUCUGUUGUGCAGAUGCUGGCAGAACGGUGUCGCACACUGGAGCAGGCCAAUAAGAAAUUACAGUCCGAGGCGCGGGCACAGCAGCAGCAGUAUGAAGUGUGUCUAGACCGCGUUGCUACACAGGUCGUCCAAGCUCUCCUCUCGCAGAAGUCACACCAAGAGCAGUGUGUGAAGUUGGCCAACCAGGUCCAGGCUCUCAGACGGCAGAACGCAGCCCUCUCCUCACUGGUCGGCCACGGGUCUACCCCUCAGACCCUACCCUGCUCCUACCGGCAUGGUUGUGCGCCCCAUGCCGACCCCCCUACCUUCCUCAGUCUCCCCACGUCGUUUACCAAGAACAGACAGACUGAGCAGUGGCCACCAGGAGGAUGGGUGGCCUCUUGGCAUGUGGAGGAGAGCAGCAGAAGUCACCUGAGUGACAAUGCCUCCUCCCAGAAUCGCUUUCAUUCGAGCUUACAGUUACUCUCUGAAACUAGUCUCCAGCCUAGGCUCUCACUCUCGGACCACAACACCACUUCGAGCAGUGCACAAAUGGGGGAGGACUGCUACACCCCUCAGGAAAGAACAUCCUGUACCUCAGCUGCUAAUUCCUCUACUAAUACGGCAACAACAACGUGUUGGUACGACAUCAUAACUUCUCUGAGUUUAACAACAACUUCUCAAACAGCAGCUGUCAGGAGUGCUCAGGGUCAUGCGGCCGUUGCAAGAUCUCACGACACCAACAACAUUUGGCAUCAACAAGACCCUUUGCUUAGUAGCACUGGGAGAAACAGCAGCAGCAGUAGCAGCAGCAGCACUGACUGCCCCCUCCAAGCCCACUACCACCAGAAAUCGGGUGGACACCAGACCAACAUAGCAGAUUCUCCUAGUGGGUCUGGGAACCUGGAAGACAUGGGGACGUCUCUGGCACCCAGAGGAGAAAGUGGCAUGCAGAAGUUUUCCCCUUUGUCACUGGAAUCAGCACCUACUAGCACAAGCAGUUCCCCAGAGCAGAAGAACUGCCAUGUGUCCCAGUCAACCAUGGAUAACCUUGACUUAAAGGACUCAAAGGUGAAAGUUCUUGAAAAUAAGGAAAUAUUAAAUCAUACCUCAAGUGAAAUCAAUGCAAACCUCCUUGUUAAUAAUGUAAGUAAAGAUGAAAUUAGCAACAUACUUCAAGUGAAAGGGGAAUUAUUAAAGACUUUAACAGAGGCAACCAAUAAACAGUAUCCAAUUGAUUUAACAGUAUUCACAUGUGAGGACAAAAGCAAGGGUGCAUUAAAUAAGAACUUGGCCAAAGUUAGUUCUAAGGUUAGUAAUAGUGAAAGGACCAAUAGUAACGAUGGCAGCACAGCAGAGGAAGGUGCAGAAGUAACCACCAAGGACGAGGGUUACUCCACCAUGUCCAGUGACGUUCAGGCAGAGGUUAAGGAAAGUGUAACUAUUAGUUCUGUGACGACUGUGCAAGAAGAACCUCUGACUCUCGUUCCUGUCAGUGAGAGUGGUAGUCAGGAGACGGCCAGCGUUGUGGGUGACAUGUCCUUAAGUAAAGGGUCUAGUAACAAGAGUGAAAAUGAUUCAACAGACAAAAUUAGUGUUAAGGAGAGAAAGGUAUCCAAUACAAAUAAUGAGUACUGUGAUGGUCUUCGUGUUAUAUAUGAUGAAGAAGACAACAAUUCAGAUGUAUUUUUUAUACCAAUUCAAGAACCAGAAAAUGAGAGCUUGUAUAGACAUAGUUAUCAUGUACCAUCUAAUACGGAACCGAGAUUGCCAACUCGAUGGUACUCAGAUUCCCAGCUCUACAAAGAAAGGAGAAAUGCUCAAGGUCAUAAAAUUGUCGCUAGUCUUGAUAGACAUGUGUCCGUAAAAGAUCUUGCAGAGAGGACUGCCUCCACUGCAGAAGUGUUGGAAGAAGCCUGCAACACAAGGAGCUUGAAAAGAUCCUCAGCGCAGGCAAGUCUCAAGCGAGCCAAUCUUCGUAAAAGAGAAGAACAACCUACCUCAGGCAGCAGUGAAGAACUGUGGCCACUGGAGGACGACCACAGAAAGUAUCUCUCUCCCACCUACAGCCACGCUGAGCUAGAGGACUGGUCACUUGACUUGUCAUCGGAGUAUCUGAGUGGUGCAUGUGGGGAGGGCGAGGGGAGUGAGAGCGUGGGCACGAGUGGAGCCCACCAUGGAUCUCUGCCGUCCAUCCAGGAAGCCACGCCCGAACUUGAGGAGGACAAUAACGAGUUCCUCUGGAAUGGUGCUACGUACUUUAAAACUGAUUUAGAUUUAGACUGGUCAAGUAAAAAGGAAAUGACCAAAAGCUGGCAGUUGGAUCAUGCGAAGGAGAAUCAGAUAGUUAUGUCUCCUCGAUCUGGGUGCUCUGACCAGCCUGCAGUGUGGUCUAGCAGUGAGCAGCUUUCGUGCUGUUCCGAAGGGGUUUCAAAGUGCAGUUCCGAUUUUGAAAAUUUCUGUGAACAAAUAUGUAAUUUGCCUGAACUGAAAAGGGUGUCCUUUUGCAGUAGUGAGUUAGGGGGUCAGGAAGCCUCUAAAGGUGCCAGCCACGACACCUCGAGUGCGGGCGAACAUGAAGAAGAACUCGCAGAUGAAAUGUGUAUUGAUACUGUUUUUACUAGAGAUUUUUACCGCCUUGUUAAGUUUGAAAGCAACCGAAGUCUUGCAGCCUCAUCUAAAAGUCUGGCCACUUCUGAUGGACUCCUCACUAUAGAGAGACUGCAAGACUUGGAAUCUAGUGGAUCACGCAAAGAGGCAUUAGCAUCUGUCCUUGGUUUUAUUGCAGAGCAGCAGAAGUAUUGCAAGGAGAGAGAAGCUCAGGAUGAGAAAGUUGGCAGUAGUCACUCUAGAGAUAUGUUGAAGAUUGCCAAUGCUAUUGAAUGUGCUGGAUCUCCUUUAGCCUCCGUUCUCUUCAGGGGAACGUUUCCAAAGUCUGCACUUCGUGAAGGUACCGGUGACCAGAUUAAAGCCUCAGAGGAAUUCUCCAUGAGGACUCUGCCCACAAAAUCAUGGAAGCAAAGCAACUCGGUGAAGAGUAAAGUUGGUCCAGCUGUUCCUGCCAAACCCAGGUCAUGUUACCUUCAGGGAGGUCAACCUGGAGCUGCUACCUCUAAUGUCUUACCUACAACUCCUGCCAGAUGUCACCCUGCAGCCGCAUCCUCAUCCCUUCCAGCUGCAUCAGCUGAAUCGCCACCUGCUUCCCUCCCAGUCUUGCCGGCCACAUCUCACCCACACCCCUCUGUGCCUUCCCGGUCAUCUAGUUUGGCCCCUCUCCAAGCCAUACCUGCUUGUGAAGAGGAAGUUCCUCUCUCUCCUGUCCCUACGGUGCCCAUCAGGAAUGCCUCGCACCCUCCUGAUACAGACUCAAUUGCAGAUCAGCAGAUUUAUUGUACGCCUUGUCCCGAAGUACCUCAUCACAACCCUCCAGUACCUGACCACAAUUGUGUGGACAUGUCUUGUUUCCCCCCGGUGCCCCGUCGCUCAUCCAGUAUGGCUUUCUGUUGCAAUGUCUUACCUGUACCCGAGCACAAGGUGUCCCUGAAUGACCCCCCACCUGUGCCCAAGCGCAUAACGAGCCGAGCCCUGCCCAAGCCUCCAGCUGUGAUAACCAGCCAGGCAUCGUUAAACAAUGCCAAUGGCACGAGCAAGAGCAGUGGUCAUGAAGGUAAGCGACCUCGGAGCUUCCUGGGACUGGGAAUAUCCAGCCCUAAGAGGCCCCAGAGCGAGCAUCAUGAACUGCCCAGCCUGAGUGAAAACCCAGCAGGCAUGCUGGUAGAGUUGCAGCGAAUGGCCAAAGUGGAGGAGGAGGAAGAGGAGAAGAGACAAAGACCAAGACCUGGAGGCCUCUAUGAAGCCACAAGUCCUGGCGGGUCUGUGGGCCUUGGCACUGGCUGGGUCAGGGUCCAGCCCCAUGUCGAUCUGCAAGACCCUCAGGCUCGAGCUAAUCUGUUAGAUGGGAUGAUGGAGUCAAGUGAGGGUUGCAGCUCAGAGACAGAGGACGAUGAGGGCAUGGCACACCAAUAUGCACAGCUCAGGUCUAUGCAUCGCAGUAGACGUAAACGCAAAGCAUCACAUCGUAGCGGAGGCGAUCGUCUGGUGCUGGGGACGGGAGUGGCCCGCCCCUCCAUCCUUGGCCGGAAGGACUUGUUUGUGAGAUUCGGAGAGCAGGAGAAGGCUGCUCUUGAGGAGUUUGAGUUCCUGUGUGACUUCUCCACAUCCCUCUCUGACUUAGGGUCACAGGACCUUGGUGCGUCGAGUGUUUUGGGAGACAAAGCCACUCCUAGUGCUGUAACGGCUGAUGGCAGGAGUGUGCUUUCUAGUGUGCCCAAGGCAGAUAAUCAUCCCUUGAAAAGACAGCAAAUAGGUAGUCAUGAAAUAAAGGGCAGAACUCCAAAAGUCGAUUCCAGUUUGAAAAACAGCUUAAAAAGUGAAGUUAGUCCCAAAAAUAAUAUAGCCAGGCCCAAAAGUGAACGAAGUACGAAGAGUGACUUGAGUGUAAGUGAACGGGAAGAUCCUAAAAGUGAAGUAAGUGUAAAUGAACGCGAGGACCGAUGUCCUGCUGGCAAUAUUCAGGAAGGUGUGGAUACGAGAAGUCUUUGUAGUGUAAGGAGUGCUAUACGUCAGCUCAACAAGUUUAAUCACAACUCAGGAAUUAAGCAACCUGCCACUACAUCAGCUAUACCAGCUAGAAGUGCUUCCAGUACAACCUGUAGCAGAGUAAUCCCCAAUAAAACCAGUUCCAGUACCAGUUCAAACAGACCAAAGGUUUGGAGCCAAGCCAAGAAUAAAGUGAGCGACGGUACCCCCAGCGGAGCACCCAAGUGUAGUGCAAGACAGGUGAACCCACCAAGCAGAACGCCAUCUCCUCAGCUUACCUCCAAGGACAACCGAGUCGCCAGCAGCAAGUCGGUGGGUCAGGUGCAAAAUUCUGGUGACAGAUUACACAGCAACUUGAAAACGAGCUCUCCCACACGUAUCCCACGUAUCCAAACACCUCACAUGUCUUCCAAGAAAUCAUCAAGAGCCGAGUCUCCAAAAGCCCUCAAAGAAGAUACUCCUUCCUCCAAAGACGCUGGCGAAUCCUCUAGAAAGUCCAAAGCCCCAUGUGAUAAGGCACUGCCACCCAAAGGGUUCUCCAGCAGAGCAGCCAAGCCUUCCGCAUGCAUUCGUUCAAACCUUGCACGGAGGCAGCAACAGCAGCAGCAACAGCCACAGCAGCCACCUCAGCAGCAGCAGCAGCAGCAACAACAGCAGCAGCAGCAGUCUGUCAGAAGUGGCAUCAGGAGUCCAAGACUAGCCCGGCUGAAGAAAUCCUCAGAUCCCCUCGACUCUUUCUCCAGCAAGUCCAUGUGUGACAGCGGGUCCAGUGAGGGCUCAGAGCGGUGCGGGGGGAGGCUCUCCCUCAGUGACUCCUGCGCGGAAAACUUCUCGCCGAUAGACAGCGGGGAUGAGGUUUUUGAGAAGGAGGGCUGAUGGGCUUCUCAACCCAUGUGAAAAUAGAUUUACCGCUACUUUUUCCUUGCCAGAUAUGGUGCUUUGGAAUUAUUUAAAGGGAGCACUUGAAUAAAAAGUUUACACAUUUGCAGUGUGCAUGAUGGCCAAUAUGAUCUUUAUAUUUCUAUUAGUUGCAUUGGGGUUAUUUAUUCCUUUUAAUUUAUUUUUUCCCUGUUGAAAUGCCCUUGGAUAUUGCACAUUCCGAAUAUUUGUGACCAUGACAAUAUUCAGAGCAACAUGCAUUUAUUAACAUUAUUCCAGAUAUUUAUAUGUAAACCUAUUUUUUUGUUUUUGUUUUUGUUGUUCAUGUAACCCUUUGGAGCUAGUGUCUUCCACGGUCUUCUCACUACUAAUAUGCUUCUGCUUCCCAGGCUCUCAUGUGGAAGGUUUGCCUAAAGCAACGAACAAAGGUAUCAGUGGCUUUACCAGAUUUAAAUAGGUCAUGAUAGAGUAUCGAAAGAUUAAUUAACAGACUGAAUGGCGUUAAAUGAUGCUGUUCGUCAGCAGCAAGAGCAAAUGCUAGUCACUUCGGAGUAGGGUAAAUAUUUAGGGGUUAGGGAGGUGCAAGUAUGUGUCUCGAUUCAGGAUGCAUUUAUGCAAUAAUUGCCCUAAGUGUUACAUGCAUUUAACUACCUUUUUUGAUAAUGUGGAUCCCUUGAUGUUGAGUGUGAACUACUGACUGGAAGGAAGGUAUGGUUAAGUUGUGACCGUGAAUGCCUGCAUUUGCGUUGCAAGUUUUGCAUUGAGUAUCUGUCAUGAGCAUUUUGUAUUUAUAUUUGAAAAAGUGUUUCCAGAUGCCACUGUACUUGAUUUUGCAAUCCUUUAUUGCUUCAAGAAUAACAGAAGGGCUUCAUAGUACAUGACCGUUGCAUUGCAUUAUUGUGUAAAGAGAUUACCAAAUGGUGCAUUACAUUUCUUGCAGCAGUACAAAUUGGUUUUACUCUGGUAUAUGCAAAUUUAGUUGCCUUCCAAUGCCUCAACAUUAGAGCUUUUCAUAGGAUGCAGUUUUAUUGCUUUCUUUGACAAAGCCUUUCAGCAAAUACCGUGCAUUGAUAUAAUGAAACAUGAUCAAAAAGUGACAAAAAAAUACACGAUAAUCCAUUUUGGUUAAUUGUGCUACUCUCUGUUCAUGAAUAGUGUGUAGAAUGAGUUUCUGAACGUCUUCAGGUUUGUUACUACGUUACACAAAGAUGAAUUUAUUUUGGUAAUUUUUCAUACGUUUAGAUAAAAAGAGAGAAAAGUGAAGUGCGCUAUGAACCUUUUUGAUGUGAUUAUUUGCGGGGAAAAUGAAGGGGGUAGACUUUUUUUUUUUUUUUUUACUGUUCAUUUCCUUUCCUUUUCCGUGUAGACAGGAAGUCGCAAAGGACCUGUGGCUCACCUUUGUACGGACUCAGAUUUACACAUCCUGCUUUCCCUCAAGUAGUAGCUAGCCCAGUUCAAUGUCACGAUUCAAAACAUCCUUGAAGGUAGAUCUCAAAUACUUUAUAAUGAAAUGUUAUGGAAUAAUAAACGAGAGAAGUGCGUUUCAUAUGUAAUUAACUGUUGUAAGAUAGUAUGGCUACUAGUGUACAUAGAUUUUGUAGUUUCCUAAUUAUUACACCAAUAUAGUCAACAUUUCUGC